AUGUAUCCAGCUGAAAUGAACCAUAGAGGAGUGGAAAACAAGGCCGUCCUCCUGGGUUCCAGCUCUCAGGUUUUGCUGAAUUUGGUCCAGAAUCCAGAGGAAUAUCAGCUCACUGAGUUCCUUUUUCCUAUCAAACUUUCUACAUCCUCUUCCCUAGGGCACCCACCUGCAAGACUCCACGAUCCCUGCCUUUGGGUCCUGGAGCCUGCUCUGUCCUGUAAGCCUUUAGAGGCGCUGAGCUUCAGGGCUUCCCUCAUCUGCGAGCCUGCCACACACCUGUCCGCUGAGGAAGAAGGGAAAGCAAUCGAAGAGCUGCUCAAGGAGGCGAAACGUGGGAAAACAAGGGCAGAAACAAUGGGGCCAAUGGGUUGGAUGAAGUGUCCUCUUGCUGGUACCAAUAAAAGAUUUCUCCUCAACACAAUUAAGAACACACUGCCUUCCCAGAAGGAGCAAGAUCAGGAGCAGAAAGAGGAGCCAGAGGAGCCCGCCCGGAGCCCCAGGCGGAAGGAAGGGAGCCCCAGGAAGCACAGGGCCCAUCCUUACAAGUGCAGCGCGCACCGCAGCAAAGCCAGGCACUCGCCAUCCAGGAAGCGGAGUACCCACGACAAGUCCCAGAGGCGCUCCAGCAAGCGAUGA